AUGGCACGCGAUCGCCUUCGCGGUGACGGCCAUCGCAGCCAGACCCCCGUAGCUGGGCCCUCCGUACGAGCCCGCUAUCAACGUCUCCGCCCGGACACCACAAGCACACCAAAAGUUCGCAAAGGAAACCAUACCAACGCUGCCACCCCUACUCCGCAAGAAGACCACCCACAUCCUAUCGCCGUCACCCCCACUUCGAUGUCCAAAGCACCAUCGCUACCUACCUCCAUAACCCUUUUAAUUGAUAACAAGCCAUUUAGUAUCCCCCACAAUCCCAUCGAAGCAUUCCAUGCUACACGCACCCAGACAAUUGCCUCAUUCCGAGCAAUGUUAGCGGGGGCGGCGACGGCCAGUGACAUGAAUUUCGUCUUCGGCGCGGUUCUAGCUCCGUCUUCCACUACGUACACUUCUGCUCCAUCCCUCUACGCUACGUCGUCAGAUUCUGCUACAGCUAAGUCAACAUCGAGUAUUGGCCAACUUGUUUCCCCGCUCUACACUGGUAGCACUAGAGAUAUCAAAAUAGACAGCCACACCUUCACUCUCCCUACGGACGCGGUGGAUGCCUUCCUGGCAACUCGUGAACUGACGAUUGCCGCAUUUCGGAAGGUUUCAGCGGGCGAGGCGGUGGCGGGGGGCGGGGGAGAUGUGGCAUUUGUUUUUGGCACUGCUUUUAUUGCUACCCCCGACGGGAGCAGCAUCGUGGGAGACGAGAGUGUUCAAGCGCCCCAGGCUUGCAUAGCUAGUGGAGAAAUCACGACAGCACCUACUUCUGAGCACACAGGUGAGGUCAGGGCACUGGAUAAGGUAGGGGAUCAGGAGGAUUACGAUAAAGCAGAGGAUAACGCCACAACGGCGUCUAAUGGCGGUCGCAGUCCUCACUCAUGGAGGGAACUUUCUCCGGCGGUCCCGAUGCUUGGCGAACGCCUUCGUCGUCGGGCACUUCGUGAUACGGCACAGGAUGAAACUGCCUAUGUCGCCUCGACCUCAACCCCUAUUCCGACACCGGCCGUUCCGGCCCUUACUUCCAGUACCGCAGCCCCACCUCUUCUCGCCAAUCAGCUGCCAAAAACAUUCCUCGGUAACUUUCGCAACAUCACUCACGCGUGUCGGGCCCUGAACGAGAGCGACACCUGGUGGGAAGCGAUAUAUGUCGAGGGCUUGAUAUCGAUCAAUGGACGCUUUGCCACAAUAAAGGAGCUGGUUGGAGAGGAGAGGUGCCCGGUGUGUAUUUCCCGGUGCGGCCUGAAUGGGGAGGUUGGGCAGGAGGUGUGUAGGGUACUUGCGGAGGAGGACCCGUAUCGUAGUAUCACUAGGAAGGAUUUUCCGGGGAUGGAGCGUAGAUGUAGCUAUUGUUUGAUGGCGGGGAAGAAGUGCAUGGAUCGAGAGUAA